AUGCUAUCGUCUCCUCGCCCCGCUUCUUCUAGUUCAAGAUCGACAAGAGUACUUGAAGAGUUACAAGAAAACUUGGAAAACAUUCAAAAAGAACUAGAAAAUACUAAACAGCAGUUACAAGUUGCUCGAGACGCAAAGGAACAAUAUGAAAAAGAAAAUCAAUCUUUUAUUGAAUCCAACAAGCAACUUCGAGCUGAAAUUCACGAAGUCAUGCAAGUGUUAGAAUCUAAGCAACAAUUACUAGAUGAUACCAAGAAGCAAUACCUCUCAAAUGAAAACAAAGUCAAACAACUAAAAGAUGAAGCUAUGGCUGCUAGAAAGGAACUGGACGACCUCAAACGAAGGGAACUCAUGAUUGAAAAAGAGCGUCGUACAGUUGAAAUUUUAAAAGAGAAGCUAUCACAACAGUCCAAGUUACUCGAUCAAUCAGUUACACGACAUCAAACUGAGUUUGAUAAGGAAAUACAAGCUCAAAAGGAGCUGCUUGAAUCUAUUCAGCAAGAGACUCAAAGAUUAAAAUCCCUAAAUAUUGCUGAUAUUGUAAAAGAAAAAGUUGAAAAGCAAGCAAGUGAAAGAAGAAGGCUGAUUGAAGAGUUGAAGCGAGUUGAAGAGGAAAUGGACAAAAAUACUCAAUCAUUCAUUGAACAAAUAAAGAGCGAUCUGACAGCCCUAUUGAAUCAUGUCGACACUCAGCCGGACUUGUCUGAACAAGUUAAUCAAUGUAAAGAUGCAGUCAACAGUUUGUCCGUCAAAAUAAAAUGA